ACCGGAGGGACGUUACGGCCAGCUCCAAGAGGAGUGAUGAUUAGGAAGUAUCUGUGGAUAACGACAAGCAAGUCCUAACGCGUGCGGAAGCAGUCUAUGUUCUUUGCAUGUAUUGCUGUCGUAGUGGACGAGCGCAUGGACGACUGACAUAGUUAACAGACGGGUUUUAGAUGAUGGUCUUAGUGUUGCACUUGUCCUGGGGUAUAGUUGUCUUAGUGGUGAAAAAGUCUCUGGUGUUUGUCUUAGAUAUGAACUUUUCCCUAAUGAUUGUUUUAGUUGCGCACAUGUCCUGGGUGGUUAACUUGGUUACGGAUAUGUUCUGUGUGGUUGUGAACGCGUGUGUAUUGAGUGGUAGUCUUAGUGAUGGGUAGUAUUGGGUCGUCUGCAUGCAUAUGGGUGAUGCAGGUAGAAUAUGGUGAUAUCAUUGCACUUACCGUACCGAUUUAGUCAUGGUUUCCUACAUGUGUCACUGCGUAUAGCCACUAAACAUGCAUCAUCGUCGUUCUCGUGUGUCUAACAUUGUGAUUAUUGUUUUAUAAAGUCGUGGUUUUAUAAAAGUAGCUGUUCUUCUUAGUGACGUUCCAGUUUGGCGAGACUUUUUAUAAAUGAGAGUGUUUUACUGUAUCUCGCCUUCAUUCUGGUCUAUGUAGUACGUAUAGAGCACAGCAGAGUAAACGUGUAUCUCAUCUAUCUCACAAGUGAUCUUACAUCAUCUAUCUGAUGUAUGCAAUGUGUGAUGAUGUCUGUUUUCUCUGCAGUAACUCUGCCACCGGCGGGGAUGAGAACCAAUACUCAUACUACCUCACAGGGGGCGCUACUAUUCAGAGAUCUAUCCCAGUAGCACCAUCCACUCGCCAGAGCGCACAGCCUCAGCCGCUACCCACGCCUCGCCUGGCCGGUAACGGAAGAUUACAGCUAGGGAGAGGAGCCACGCUUGCCACCGCACAGGGAGGACAAACCACAGACUACGCCUACCCUGGAGGGAUACCCACUGUCACCAACCUGCAGGGUGCACUGCCGGUGCGCACCGACCAGGGUACGCAGGUGGUGUACACGCCACAGCAGGGCGAACCUGCAGUGUUCACUUACCGGCAGGGAGAACCGACAGCUCACAGUGGACUGGGAGGCCUGAGCCUCACGGCCAACGGACUACACACGCAGUUCGCGGGCCUCGCGCACGAGCCGGGACCUUUCUCUCCCGGCCCUAGGGCCGGCUUCGGUGGUCUCACCUCGCAGCUUUUCCGUAGCGGCAACGCCGGCGGAUACAACGUUCCAAUCGCAACGUUUUUGGUAGAGACGGAUGAAGAUGCACCAGAGAAGGAGGAGGAUUCUCUCCCCACGCAGUCCGCUCCGACGCCUUCUGCUAUCCAGUUUGAAUUCGACGACGCAGCCUCUCGUGAAUCGUCAACCCCAUCUUACACCUACGCGGCGGGUCAGUCGCUUCCAACCGAAUCCAAAAGUCAAGUGCUAGCAUACAGUCCCAAUCAAGUCGCCUUUCGCGCAACGCAGGCCAGGGCAGAUGCGGGGCAGACGGUAGGUGUUAGGGUGUCCGAUGCUAGACCUGAUUUUGAACGUACGGUGGAUCGUCACGUUAGCGAAGCAAGAACUAAUCCACGGCAGUCAGUGGGCGUUAGAGUUUCGGAGGCCAGAGCGAAUAGGGGGCAAACCCUCGGUGUCAGUGUGUCUGAGGGUAGGUCCAAUACGGGGCAAACCGUCGGUGUCAGUGUGUCUGAGGGUAGGUCCAAUACGCGGCAAACAGCGGGGGUGACCGCGGCCAGAGCCGAUGCUGGACAAACCGUGGGUGUGCGUGUGAGUGAAGCCAGACCUGAUCCUAGUCGCGUGGUCGGUGUUCGCGUGAGUGAACCCAGGCGUACUACUACUACUGUUCGGGAUGGCAAUGAUGCUGAGUACCAAAAGCGCUACCGCAUAAGAGCGGAUAUCGUCGGUCAACGCCAAGACUCGGCAGCCAGACGUCUUCCUCCAGCUGCCAUCACGGAGGAGAAAACUCCGUCCCUCGUCAAACUACGCCGCAGACUAGUCAAGCCAUCGAAGGCGACGGCCGAGGAGCAGACGCUGGCACAGGAGAUUGUUAGGGAGCUCAAAGCAGACGCCCAAGAACAAGCUGACUCGAUUGAGCUGGUCACAAUAUCAGCAACAUCAGAAACAACUGUCUCGGUAACACAACCACGAGUGCCAACAACACAGCCAACCACGACAACAGCACAGCCAACUACGACAACAACACAGCCAACCACUACAACAACACAGCCAACUACGACAACAACACAGCCAACCACGACAACAACACAGCCAACCACCACAACAACACAGCCAACCACGACAACAACACAGCCAACUACGACAACAACACAGCCAACUACGACAACAACACAGCCAACCACCACAACAACACAGCGCAACCAGACAAACAACACAGCCAACUAA